AUGGAUGAAGAUUUUGUAAGGGACUCACGAAAGGGGAAGGCAAAGCUUGAAGAAGAAGAUCCAGAUCCAAAUCCGAACCAAAAUCUAGACUCUCUACUGCCUAUACCUAUACCCAAAAGCUAUAGCAAUUUGGGGGAAGAUGUCGUUUAUCUGAAAAUUGUUGGUCCACCAAGAAACUAUGAAGAACUUACAAUCGAUACUCCAGAAGAAGUGAAGAAGAUACAAUUCAGGUUUCGUUACAAAGAGUUUAACAGGAUUCUUGGGAUAGAUGAUGAAAGGAUAAUCAACAUUCAAAGUGUCUCAGGAGCCACAAUUGGGAUUCUAUCUGAUACUGCAGCCAAGAUUCAUCGCCACUUAUAUCUAGAACUUCUAGGCACAGCUGAUGAAAUCAAAAUUGCUGAACUCCUCAUUACAGAUGUAAUCACAGAGGGUUAUGAAAGGCCAUUUGUUCCAAGAGCUUUAAUGCCAACACAUAUCUGUCAUCAUGCAACACCUAUUCUUUUGACCCAAGUUGUACCUUUCUUGGGCUUCAAUGAAAGCAAUCUUUUGAAAAUGGAAUCAGAAUCCAAUACUUGGAUAGAGGUGGAUACAUAUCCUCCUGAUGAAGGGAGAAUCAUGGAGAGAAUGGUCAACAUAUAUGGUCAAGGGCUGGAUGUUACUAAAGCGAUCAUGAUAAUUGACAGUUGGGUUUCUGAGUUUGAAACAAAAUUUAGAGUGAAAAGUGAACUUGUUGUUGAAGAAGUUGAAUCUGAUGAAGAAUCUGAGAAGAUGGAAGAAGAUGAAAAACAGAAAGAUGUUGAAGAAGAUUAUUUUGUAAUGGAAGAAGGUGAUGAUGAAGUAGGAAAUGAAGCAAAAUGUUAA